AUGGCGGACCUUUAUCCGGACAAAUUGUUCAAUCUGAUGGGGAAGCGCCUUAUAAUGGCAACCUUCAACUACCGACCAUACAGCAUCAUAGACUUGAACGCCGACCCUCCUGUUUUCGAUGGAACAGAAACCCGAAUCGCCUUGGAGUUCUGCAAAAAGCUAAACGCCACUUUUGACUUCAGUAUCGAUGCUGAGAACGAGUGGGGAGAGAUUUACGAAAAUGACACCGGAAAUGGAAUCUUGGGGGCCGUUGUGGAGGACAGGGCAGAGCUUGGAUACGGGGCCAUCUAUCUGUGGAGCUACGAGUACCAGUUCUUGGACUAUUCGUUUCCGUACAUCCGAACAGGCAUCACUUGCUUGGCUCCCAGACCUGAGCCGUUAGCUGGCUGGAUCACCCCUUUGCUACCUUUCACCGUCACCUCAUGGGCUGCUGUGUGGGCCUCAGUCGUCGCUUCAACAUUCUCUCUCUUUCUCGUUACCAAAGCCACGGAGAAAUUCCCUGGCAGAAGCACAAACAUCCAGGCGGGUACAGGGAGGUACGCUUCAGUGCUGGACUGCGCGUUCAACGCUUUGGGCCUUCUGGUGCUGCAGACUCCCCCUGAUGAGCGCAGGUCCACGCGAAAUGUCGGCCCUAACCGACACGUCUUGGUUUGGCUCACCGUCAUGUUCCUGCUUAUAACUACGAGUUAUGGGAGUGGCCUGGCUUCCAUCCUCACCGUACCCAGGUUUGGACCACCCAUAGACACUGUGCCUGAUCUUGUUGCUAGCAAUAUUCCUUGGGCUGCUACUCAUCCUGCCUGGAUGUUUUCUCUACGUGAGAGCCGCGACCCGCUGACGCUCCACGUCACUUCCCAGUUCCGUGUCAUGAAGAAUGAAGAGUUGAGGAAGCAUUCCUUCAUGGGAGACACUGCCUUUUCCAUUGAACGCCUGCCAGCUGGUCAUUAUGCUGUCGGGGACUAUAUCACCGAAGAAGCAGCAGCAGCCAAGCUGAGGCUAAUGAAACAAGACCUCUACUUUGAAUUUGUGCCCACGGUCGUUCGCAAGGGAUCGCCUUACAUAUCGAAACUCAACAAACUCAUACACAGGCUCCUGGACUCAGGACUCGUGCUCAAGUGGGAGGAACAGGUCAGGUGGUGAGUGCUUUCCUGCCGAUGGGGGUGCAACGUGCCGUAAGCCAGAGCCGGAGAAGUUCAAAG